AUGCCCGUGGAUUUACAAAAUCUCGUAGAAGGAUGGUUGGAAUUAGAAAGCGAUCCUGGUUUGUUUACUUUGCUUUUAGAGGAUUUUGGAGUGAAUGGUGUUCAGUUAGAAGAAAUUUAUGAUCUUCAGCAAUCAUUGGACAGUAAAGUUUAUGGUUUUGUAUUUUUAUUCCGAUGGAUUGAGGAGCGACGUAGCCGCAGAAAAAAUGAAGACAAAAAAGACAUAUAUGUCAAAGAUGAUGUAGCUAUUAACAGUAUAUUUUUCGCUCAACAAAUGAUACCCAAUAGUUGUGCUACUCAUGCGCUGCUGUCAAUUCUACUGAACUGUCCAAAUAUACAUCUAGGUGAGACAUUGGAACGUCUUAAAGAACAAACUCGAGGAAUGAAUCCAGAAAAUAAAGGAUGGGCCAUUGGAAACACUCCUGAGUUAGCACGAGCACACAAUUCGCAUGCUACACCAAUAAGUAAUAAACAUAUAGAUAAAACUAAGGGUGUAACAACUGGACGGUGUAUCAGUGAGGCAUAUCACUAUGUCAGUUAUGUGCCCAUAAAUGGUCAUUUAUAUGAAUUGGAUGGAUUGAAACCAUAUCCCAUGGACCAUGGACCUUGGGCUGAUAAUGAAAAUUGGACUGAAAAAUGUAUAAAAGUGAUAAAUGAUAGAAUUUCAACGCCUUACUCAGAAUACGGUGAUAUACGUUUCAAUUUGAUGGCUGUUAUUCCAGAUAAACGAUUAGCUAUUUGCCACAAAAUAAAUAUGCUCAACACAAAUAGAGAACUUACAUUAGAAGUUGUACAUACACUGAAGUUGGACAUUGGAAAAAAAAAAAAAAGAGAGAAUGAUAAUGAUCAAUUGCCAAGUAAAUGUGUUAAAAAAAAAAAUUCACUCAUUCCUAGAACAUCAAAAGACAAUAAUAAAGAAAAGACGAGUCCAGAAUCAAAUAAUAUUGUAGAAUCAUCAACUGAUUUGUCAGAAGGUGAAAAAAGUCCAAGAGACAUGAAAAGUGUAUGUCUAGAAACAGGAGCUAUGUCUCAACAAAGGGAAAUAUCUUCAAGUCAAUCUUCAGAUGAAGAAAAAAAAAAUGAUCAAAAAUUGGAAAAUAUAAAAUGUUAUCCUUUAUCUUUUCAAGACCUAGUUCAAUUAGUUAAAAAUUUAGAAUUGGAAAUAAAUAUCAAUACAGGUAUCUUGAAAGAGGAGAAUGAACAACGUAAUAAAUAUAAAAUUGAUGAUUGUCGACGUACACAUAAUUACAAUCAGUUUAUUAGUACGUUUUUAGCAAUGUUAGCUGAACAACGUAUAUUACCUGAUUUAAUACAACAAUAUUUGGACACACAAAAACAAAAUACAGGUACGCAGCUUUCACUUUCUGUACAAUCUCAACCUACAAAUCAAGCACAGGUGAAAUCAAAAUCUAAUAAAAGAACUUCAAAAAGUAACAAAACGUUAACAAAACGCAAGACAGCUACUAAAAAAUGA